UCGAGUCCGAUUACAAAUGUUCAUGGUGUUCACCGUGUUGGCAUGAUACGCAAGGUACAGCCCAAGUCUCUGCCUGCAUUGUGUUGUCGAUGUCAUAAAUAAUAAAUAUCUGUGGCAGGAAAAGACUGGUACUGUAGCAAAGAAUGAGCAAUGAGAGGUAAAUUAAAUAUCCCUAAGCUUGGUGCUGUACUUGGAGCAUUUUUUGGAUCUUGGUAUCUGAUGCACCAGUCCUGGCUUCAAUACUCUGAAGAAAAAGAAAAAAAAUUAUUAGAGGUUGCAAAGCAAGAAAUUUAUGAGAAGUAUCCAGAACUGCGUCCAUAUGUUAACCUAGAUAAGGAUGACUUUGCUGAAUAUAAGGAAAAAUAUGCACAGAAGCUAGAAAGGAAAGACUGAUAACAUAAUAUGUUAAAUUAUUUAUUAGCCAUAAUUUAAAGGACACUAUAUAUCACAUUUACUAAUUGAUGAUGCAAAAACCUACUCGAACUAGAAUCGUGAAAUCACCCAAACAGUUCUUAGGAAUUUUGUUAGGUACAGUGUUUUUAAGGAAAGCUUUGGAGAAAUAUAGACUUCAUACUAUUCGCAUGGACAUGCCCUCUACAGGGUUAGAGAGAUAUGAAAUGAGGAAAGCUAAACUCGAGGAAAGGAAGAGACGUGAACAAAGUCAAUUUAUUCGGGUCAGUCAGACAGAGGAAACAUAAUAACAUUGAAGCACUGCAAGAAUGAGUGGAAGAAAAAGUGUAAAAGAGGAGAGCAAAGUUCAUCAUGGUGAACUCAAAGACAUUCUAGAAGGAAUAAGACUGUUAAAAAACAUUGUCCAGACUAGCAGGGGUCCAUAUGGUAAGGUCAAGGUCAUACAGAAUGCUUCUGGUGGACAUGUGACCUUGACCUCAUCAUCUGGGAGACUUUUACCUUUGUUGUCUAUAUCCAAGCCACUUCUUAAGCUCUUGGUAACAUCAGCUGAAGGUCAUCUUCAAAAAUUCAGUGAUGGUGGAUUGUCUCUGAUGGCAUGGUGCCUGAACAUUGUGGAAUCAGCUGAGAAUUCUGUAGUUAAUAACAGAUGCUUGAUAGAACUGAAUGAUGAACUAAUGGAACUGGCUUUGAGUGUGUUGAAUUCUGACAGUUUUCCUGGAAAAGUGAAUCUUUCCUUGUCUAAUACUGUUCAGAUAUUAUCAUUAGUGAAAACAAUUCUGUCCUCUAAACCUCUUUGUAAAUUGUCAGAUGAAUGUUUAAAGCACAUAGCAUCUUUGAUUGUUGAAUGUUUUUUGUCCUCUGUGAAAGAAGAUCAUAAGAAUGCUAAUUGUAUCAUGAUUUUGACCUCUGAGGGUUUAUCAGUGGAUCAGUCUAAAUAUGUACCAGGAAUUUUAUUGUUGUACCCAGAAAUUUCUUCUUCUAACAUAAAGACCCUUCAUUUUAACAUGAUACAAGAUAGAAGAAUCUUAGUUGCCUUGGUGACAGCAUCCAUGUCAGGUGACAGUGAAGAGGUCAUUCAGGGUCAAUAUCAUCAGAAUGCUGAAGUAAAUGCACAACAAACAGUAAUAGAAUAUAUUAAAACAUUUUGUAAUGGCAUAAUUGGUCAUAAAGUAGGAGUGAUUAUGUGUCAAAGGGUCAUCCAUCCGAAGAUAAAAUCACACCUAAGAGAGAAGGGAAUAUUUUUAAUUGAGCGAAUGGGAGCAAGGAUUUCCAGCUUUGUUCAGGAUUUGACAGGUGCAAUCCCUAUAGACUCAUUCUCCUGUGACCCAAAGAAGAAUCUUGGUUGGUUGGAUGCAAUAGAUCAUGUCAUUCUGAACAAGAAGAGUUACCUCCACUUACAGAGAGCAGACAGAGGAGUUAACUCCCUUUUAUUGUAUGGUAUGGAGGAGGAGAUAGUAUCAGAGCUCAAGUUGGUGUGUGAGACAGCAUUGAGUAGCUUACAGAAUAUUCUACAGUAUCUCAUACUUCUCUGUGGUGGAGGAUGCUGGGAAACAAGUCUAGCCUUCAGUAUCAAACAAAAGAUGGAAGAAAAGAGAUCCUCAGUUCUUGAGAACACUAUGUGUACCUCAUCAGCAUUAUCAGCAGCCUGUGAAAUCUUUUGUAAUAGCUUGUUACAGGUUGCCAAAUCAUCUGGGCACCCUGGGGUUAUGAUGAUGACUUCCUUUCCUACCUUUCAUUGCUGGAGAGUUCCACUUGAUAGUGAUGAACACUGUAACCUUGACAAUCUGACAUGUUCAUGUGGGAUGGUGACUGAGCAAAUGGAUAACUUGAUGUCUGUGAAUGAUGUGAAGAUUGAUUCACACUCCUCGAUAAAAGAUGCAGUUUUGAAAAAUGACAUAAGUAAUCUUCAACAAAUUUCACAGACUAAAUCUUGUAUUGUAGAUUCCUAUAUUUCAAAUGUCAGUGCUUUAAGAAAUGCUGUAUCUACAGCCAACAUGAUAUUGAAUGUUGGAAAUUGUUUGCAGGAUAUUAAUUGAACUUGCGGGUUAAUAGUAAUUGCUGUAUGAUUGACAUUUGUAAAUUUACAUGUACGUUCUAUUAUAAAAGUGUAUGUGUAAUAAAAUUUCAAAGCUUUUCAA